GCGCAAGACAAAGCACCUCUCCCCGCAGCAUCCGGCCGGCGCUCUCCCCCCAGCGAGGACGUCCGCGAGAGACCCCUUGCGUGAGAGUCUCGGGCGCAGCUUCCCAAGCACACGGGAGGAUGUCGGGCACUCGGGAUGAGUGCGUCUUCAUGGCAAGGCUGGCCGAACAGGCAGAGCGGUAUGGAGACAUGGUCGAGUACAUGAAGCGCGUCGCCUCGAUGGGCUCCGAGCUGAGCCUGGACGAGAGGAACCUGCUGUCCGUCGCCUACAAGAACUCCGUCGGGGCCAGGAGGCAGGCGUGGCGUGCUAUCAAGCAGUUGGAGCUGGCGGAAGCCAGCAAGCCCGCGGUGGUUGCGAUCAUCAAGGACUACCGUGCCAACGUGGAGAGUGAGCUCAACGGCAAGUGUGCCGAGAUCCUGAAUAUGCUCGCAGGAGAGUUGAUUCCGAAGGCGUCCAACCCCGAGGUGAAGGUGUUCUACCUCAAGAUGAAGGGCGACUACCAUCGCUACCUGGCCGAGUUCUCGGAGAGGGACUCCGCUGCGUACGGCACGGCGUCACAGGACGCGCACGACAGUUACGAGCUCGCCAUGGAGAGCGCGGGGGCCCUUCCGCCGACGCACGCCAUUCGGCUCGGCCUCGCCCUCAACUUCUCCGUCUUCUACUACGAGGUCAUCGGCGCGCCCGACAAGGCGAUCAAGCUCGCGGGCGACGCGUUCCGCAGCGCCUCCGCGGACAUGGACAAGGUGGACCAGGACACCUACAACGAGGCGGAGCAGAUCAUGCAGCUGCUGAGCGACAACCUGCAGCUGUGGAGCGGCGACGCGGCCGGGGGCGGCGGCCACACCCAGGGGCAGGACGGCACGAUGGUAGAGGACUUCUGAUGGGCCCUCCCGGCGCUCGCGUGAGCCAUGGCGGCGGUGGCGCCGGCGCGACGGGCGGCAGCGGGCAGCCCCCCCCCCCCCCUUCCCUC